UAGAAGUGAGUCAUCCCAACAAGCGGUCGGUAAAUUUUUAGAAGAGGAAAAAGCUAGAACUGUUCCAGGGGGACAGAAGCAACUCAAGAAAAAAAAGUGCCGCAUCAAAGCGCCUUUUUAAAGUUGAGAACAAAACGCUUGCCUCUGUGUGAGUCAUUCGCAAAUCGGCAACUCACUGGUGUUCGGAGAGAACCCCGGACUUGGCUUUGGAAAGUAGGUGACUCGGUGACUUUUAUUAUUUUCAAGUUUGCACUAUGAUAGCACACCAGUGAAAACGGUUUCAAUUACAAGACAACAAGAGAGACGAUUCUAAGAAGACAAUCAUUCAGUUGUUAUUGUUUCAUACAAAUAUCGUAAAGUUUACGAACUGACAAAAAGUGCCGCUUACAUAGAUCGAAAUCCUUUCACGGCAUCGGUUUUGAUUUUAUUUCUGUUGUGCUGAAACGGAAUUUCGUAUAUUUUAUACACUUUAUUUUUUGGAUUUUCGUUUGAAUUAACAUUUGGUACUCUCGACUAACGUAGAGGGAUUCCAUUGCCAGUUAACUCAGAAGUGCUGAGCUUUGCACGGAGACGUUGUGAGCGCACCGGAGUUCAUAUCCUCAACUGAAAUCUCCCUCUUUCCUGGAUCAUGUACCAGGACUACUCUGGGACCUACGAUACGUCCUCCCGAGGCAGUAGCAUUUCCCCAGCCCAACCAGAGUCCUUCACUAGCGGAAGCAGUACAAUCGGCAGCCCGAUUUCUACCUCAAGCUACCAGAAAUACAGGGUGGAAAUGCCCGGCUCCAACAGUGCCUUCAUCCCGACCAUAAACGCCAUCACCACCAGCCAGGACCUGCAGUGGAUGGUGCAGCCCACCGUCAUCACCUCCAUGUCCAACCCCUACUCCCGCUCGCACCCGUACAGCCUGCCGGUCUCCGGCGGGGCGGGGCUCCUGGGCCACACCGCCCUGGCCCGGCCCGGCGUCAUACGCUCCAUCGGGGACGCGCGCGGGCGCCGCAAGAGGGACGAGCAGGUCGGUACUGAUAAGCUGACUCCAGAGGAGGAGGAGAAGCGGCGGGUGAGGCGCGAGAGGAACAAGCUGGCCGCAGCCAAGUGCCGAAAUCGCCGGAGAGAGCUGACCGAGAUGCUGCAGGGGGAAACGGAGAAGCUGGAAGAGGAGAAAGCCGACCUGCAGAAGGAGAUCGAGGUGCUGCAGAAGGAGAAGGACAAGCUGGAGUUCAUGCUGGUGGCCCACAACCCCGUGUGCAAGCUGCCCCCGGAUGAACGCCACCAGGGGGCGCACUCCCAGCAGUGCACACCCCUGUCCCUGUCCAUGCGCUCCGGCCUGGUGUCCCGAAAUGCCCUGAGCUCCCUGAACCCGGUGGUGGUGAAGCAGGAGCCCCUGGAGGACGACCGGGAGCCCCAGCGGUCCGUCAUCAAGCCCAUCUGCCUGGGCGGGAUGGGGGGCGUGUACGGCUCCGACGGGGACAGCCUCAACACCCCCGUGGUGGCGGCCUCCACCCCGGCCUCCACGCCCAGCGCCGCCAGCCUCAUCUUCACCUACCCCAGCAUGCUGGAGCCCGAGAGCCCCUCGCCCUCCUCCGAGUCCUGCUCCAAGGCCCACCGCAGGAGCAGCAGCAGCGGCGACCAGUCCUCAGACUCCCUCAACUCCCCGACCCUGCUGGCCCUCUGAGCGCCACGCCCGUCCCCGCCUCCUACCCACCCCCCUCGUCCUGUACCCAGGAAGGGCCCCCCCAAGGGCCCGAAUUCUCCAACGGCCCCCAGAGGCCGGACUCUAUAAGGACUCUUGUGAUGUCAUGUCGUGCAACGGGAAGCGCCGGGGAGUUCGACAGUCGCCGUUCAAAACCCAAUGCUCUCGCCAAACUACAAAUCCCAUCAUCCCCUGCAGUCUGAUCAGACCGUAAAACCCUGAAGGGCUAAGGUGUUUUUUUUCUGUUUUGUUUUGUUCUUUAUUUUCCUGCCAAUUCAGUGUGUUUUUUUUAUAUUUGUGUGUGUGUGUGUGUGUGUGUGUGUGCGCGCACGCACCCACACCACCCCCCACUCCAUCCUAUUCCCCUCUCCCAGCUCCACUGUGGCAACUUGUGGUCUCCAACGCAUUCAGCAAAAUGGCGACUGGAACGGAGGAAGGGAGGAGAGGUUGGAGGGCAGAAAGAUCUAGAAGGAGAAAGAACACAAUCCUCCCUCCCUCCCUCUGUUAAUUUCUCUACCGUGCUUUCCCGAAUGCAAAACAAUACAAGUAUUAGCCCGACUACAGGUACUGCUACUGACUUUACCUUCAGCUGAAGGUGCGCAAAAGAGCCCAUUUCCCGCCCACUGCUCGGGACUUUUUGGGGAGGGGAGGGGAGGGGAGGGGGUAGAUGAUGUCAGCACAGUGUGGGCCCCCCCCCCUCUCGGAAACUGGACACUACAUGGGGGGGGGGGGGAGGACCGACGUGUUCGCAACCACCUGAAACGUUGUAAUUUUUAUCUUUUAAAAAACUUUAAAAACUGUAUUUAUGACCUCCCCGAGUCGGUUUCGCGAUCUGAUCGUUUGUUUUGUGUUCUGCUGGUGUCGUUUCGUUUCUCUUGAUCCUUGUCUUGGCUCCUGUGAGGUGAUUUGGGGUGGGGGGGACUGGGAGGAAGGUGGGGGUCAAUGGAAUAACCUCCAGUUUGCAGUAUAAGAAAGGAGAAAAGCCAGAUCUUUUUUAAUGCCUACUGUUGCAGCACAUUGCUUUCUGUAACUCUUUCAGAGCUGGGUAUAGAUUUGGGUAGGGAUGGGUAUUUACAACUGUUUGUACAAAAGGGGAGGGGCUUUUUUGCUACUUAAACGUCAGGGACUCAAAAUCUGUCUUUGUAUUUGUAUUUUUAGACCCCUGACUUAACAUGAGCAUUAUGAAACACAAUGUGUAUAAAAAAAUAUAUGUAUAUGUAAUGCAAGUGUCUCGUUUAAGAGGUGAAAGGUCCUUGAUUUUGAUGGGUUGUCCCCGUACUAAUGAGGGCAGUGAACGAAACAAUGAAUACUGGAGACACUGGCACUGCCGUCAAGAAAGCAAUGUGUCGGUUCAUUGUCCUUUUCUGUGGCGUUUUUAUAUAUUUCCGUGCCACACGAGGUAUAGACAACCACGCCAACCUAAAAAGGGGAAGCCAUACUAGUUUUCUUACCGGGGCCAUGUUUGCUGAAUAAGUGAUAAAUAUGAACUGCAUCUCAGCCAUAGAGCGUAUCCUGUUGACACGAGUUCACCCGCGUAGCGGCUUCGUCUGCUGCAGAAGGGUAUAGACGCACUUUCUGUUUGUAUGCGUGCGCGUGAGCUUGUCCGUGUGUGUGUGAGAAUGCGUGUUGUGAAACUUGGACUUAAAAUGGGAAAGUGAGGUAUCUCCCACAACAGCUGGUCUGAGAAGGAUUGCAGCGAAGGCGAAACAAUAAGGCCUAUACUCUGUAAGCGUAUGCACUGAGACGCACGCGCAUUUCAAGCGUAUCGCUAUCAUACAAACCCGGUUUCGGUUUUCACGUGGUUUGGUCUGGGUGAUAUUUUUUUGUGUGUGUCUUUUUUUUAAUAGGGAAGGGGGAAUUCUUUGAUAUCAAGCACUGAAAAGGAUACAAUUGCAAUAUCGUGCGGACAAACUGUUUACUUAAAAACAUUCCUCAGAAGCGUGGGAGACUUAAAAUAAAAAAAUAAAAAAAAUAAAUAAAAAACUUUCCUGGGACGUUUGGGAGCCUCACCCCCCCCCCCCCCCCCCCCCUCUCGGUGAGAUGGUGUAACGGAAGGUGGACUGAGGUCUUUGUUGUGCUGGGUGCAGCAAAUUGACUUUGGAGAAAUCGCUGCUGCUGUUGUUGCUGAAGUGUCUUGACUCGCAUUGAAGGAUUACCUGUUUGUUUGCGCCGGAAACCUCGGUCAGUCUUAACAAAGACGGGCGCGUGUGUUUGUGACGAGUUUCCAAACACACCGCGUCCCCUCAUUUUUAGCCCAACACACGGAGAGGAGGACUGCAAAGAAACAAACAACAUACCAAAAAAAUCAAAUAGAUCACCGUUGGAGGGCGUCUCAACCUGUCUGUCGAGUCUUUCGGUCCCGUAGGAACUCGUAGGAAAGCCAUCGCACCUGUAGAUCUACGCGUCUUCAAGCUUCUCGUUUCUCUUUUCUUACUUUACAAAUGCUUUAACUAUUUAAAAAAUGAAAAAAAAAAACAAACAAACAAAAAAAACAGCAAUAUGUAUGGCAGUGUUUCAUUUCGUAAUUUAAUUAAAUAAAACAAAAGUCUUAAAAAAAAAAAACCCCUUCUGUUCUGGAUAAGUGUAUUUUUGCUCGUUCAAAAGUGAUGUGACGGUGUGUCGGUCAGUGAGAAUUACGGUUUCUUAAGGUUGUCAGUGGAACCUCUGAUGCCCUCUCUGUGUUCCGAGCUAAAUGCACCGUUUGUCCCACAAUGCCAAACAACGCGGUUCGCCAAGCCUGUCCCAAAACGAGGCACAGACACACCCCUGAAUUUCUUCUCCCUCCCCACGGGCACUGACAGGGCAAAAGUAAAUCUCUAGAGCCGGGCUCGCCCCACCCUGUUCCUGGAGAUCUACCGUCCUGUAGGUUUUCAAUCCAACCCCAUCAAAGCACACCUCACUCAACAGCUAGAGAGCUUGUUGAGCUGCUAAUUAGUGCAAUCAGGUGUGCCAGAUUAGGGUUUAAAUGAAAACCUACAGGAUGGUAGAUCUCCAGGAACAGGAUGGGAGAAGUGCUGAUUUACCUGGUACAAAACACAAGGAAGACAUUUCUUCAGUGUGGUUAGGGACAUGUCUGUGAUUCAUGGACAAGAUAGAUUUAUGUCACUUCUUUUAAAUGGUUGCCGUGGUCACCACAGCCAAGGUUCUUUUUUCUAUGGUUGCUGUGGUCACCACCGUCAAAGUUCUUUCUGGCUGUCUCUCCCAUAAAGGAAGCAGUUUGAAAGUUGCCUUCAAAGGAAAGAGAUCUGACUAAGCAAUGAUGUGCCAUUUUCACUCAAAGGAUGUGGGCAGUUAAAAAAGCUUUUUCAAAAAUGUGUAUACCAGGCUGUGGUCACUUGUGUCCUGUUAUCUUACACAACCAUUUCAUAACGUAUGGCUUUUAAUUAACUGCAUCUGCACACACAAACUAAAAGGCCAAAAGGCAAUGGAAUUGGCAAUGGUCAAAAGGCAAUGGAAUUGAUGUGAUUCAGCACUUUGGUGAAAAACCUUGGUCUCACUUGUUCACGGGUCUAAUUGCACAAUUGGAGUCAACAUCUAAAUGGAAAAGGCGAGGCCGUUGGUUUAUUUCUUGCCCUGAAUGUGCCAAGGCCCUUAUCCACAGAUCCUCUGAGCUAUUCUCCACAAUGAGAAGAACACAGUCCCAGAAUGCACUGCCCACACCCAACCCCGCCCCUCCCCUCCCCUAUGCUCUGACCACCAAUGUCAACCGUUCCAUUAUUUUUGUCUGUGUUGAACUGGAAACAUGAGAUACUAAGGCUUGAUUGGCAGUCGGUAGUUAAGGACAACGGUGCAUUUGGCAAAUGUAUCCUGUCAGUGAAUUGCAGGCAGUGAUUCUGCAGCUCCUUAUAUUUUCAAUAUUCCAUUUCUUUACUUUUCCCGGUUUGAUGUGUGUAUGCGUGUACUUGUGAGUGUGUGCGUGUGUGCGUGUGUGUGUGUGUGUGUUCAAAAUAAUUUGAAACAUUGGAAUUGUUUCCCUUUAAAUAUGUUCUGUACAUGAAAUCUCUUUUUGUCUGUUAUGCUUUGUUAUUGCUUUGUUUUGUAAUAAAUGAUCAAAAAGCAGUAUUCUU